GGACGGAAGAGGUCAGCCUCUCCUUUGCGGAGGUCUUUGGAACCGCCCCUGGAGCCGGAGCAGUCGUGUUCCCUCUAACUGCCCGUUGCAAACAAUAAAGGACGAUCGUACUAAUAGCUCUUCUCUUGGACCUCAGGCUGCUGCGGGUGUGCGGGCGGCAUUUCGCCAAAGGCUCUCUGGCUGACCUUGCCGGGAUCUCCAGAUGGCCGCGCUGCGCCGAACCCUCCACGUGGCGACCCUGGCGGCUGGGGCGCGCCGUGCUUUGGCGGGUUCCCUGGCUGGUAGCUGCCUGGCUGACCGUCGCCUCUGGGAUAAGCUCCAUGCCGAUACCCGAAAAGGCCACGUCCCCACGUUCGACUGGUUCUUUGGGUAUGAGGAAACCCAGGGGUUGCUACUGCCGCUCCUGCAGGAGACAGCGGCUGCCUGCCCACUGCGGGUGUUGGACGUGGGCUGUGGGACCUCCAGUCUGUGUACAGGCCUCUACACCCAGUGCCCAUAUCCCGUGGAUGUGCUGGGGGUGGACUUCUCUCCUGUGGCUAUUGCCCACAUGAAGCGUCUCCUGGAAGGUGGUGAAGGCCAAACACCCCUGUGUCCUGGGCAUCCUGCCUCCAGACUCCACUUUAUGCAGGCUGAUGCCCAGAACCUGGAGCCAGUGGCUUCCUCCGGCUCCUUCCACCUAGUGCUGGAUAAGGGCACCUGGGAUGCUGUUGCCCGUGGUGGUCCGCAGGGAGCUUACCAGCUUCUGUCAGAGUGCCUCAGGGUCCUAAGACCCCAGGGGACCCUGAUUCAGUUCUCAGACGAGGACCCUGAUGUGCGGCUUCCCUACCUGGAGCAAGGGUCCCCAGGCUGGAGUGUGACUGUGCAGGAGGUAGGCCCUUUUGGGGGCAUUACUUACUUUGCUUACUUGGUUCAAGGCUCUCAUUAAAGCCCUCAGUCCUGACCCAAAUUUUUCUCUUAGGUGAGGAGGGCGAUGGACAGAUUUUCAACUUUGUAAGAGGGCUGGGAAGCGAGGAUUUGAGGCCUGGCUUCCACAUUUACUAGUUGGGUACACAGAGUAUGGAAUGUUUGUGUCCCCUGGUUCGCGAACUGACAGCAGGGUAGGAAUAAUAACCUGGAGUUAGGGGAUUACAGAUGAUGAUGGGUGAAAUAGGGAGCAUUUAGCAAUGGCAGGCACAAGAGGGGUGCUAAAUAGAGAAGGUCCAGUGAUUCAUUCCUCAGCCCCAAUAAACUAGAACUCCUAAAAA